AUGGCUGCUCAAGCCGCGCGCCGCGUAAUUAUGUGGCCACGGGACGAGUGGCGGGCGCCUCCCGCCUCUACGCGGGGCAACCGGUUCCAGUUCCGGCCCGGUCCUAUCUAUGCACGCUACCCUAUUAUUUACGUUAACGGUGCGUCCUACAAGCGGGUCGACACACCGCCACUUUCAGUGGGCCCGAGAGUUUUGUUGAUCACGAGUAACGGAGUACUCUGCUCCGCCUAUCAGUUGACCUUCACCGCGGCGUCACGUUCUCGCGGUUGCAUUCCACGCGUAUGCCCGUCUCGCUCACACUCGGUACGCGACGCGAGCGAACGCUUCGACGAAACUCCUCGUAGCCUCUGCUCGCCUAGUAUCACGCGCGCUGAAGAAAAGGGUUUAUCCGACGUCAAA